AUGUAUGACCUAGAAAAAGUCAUCAUCAUUGGAGGAGGGCCCACCGGCCUCGCGGCUGCCAUCCGCCUAGCCCAGCACAACAAGCUGAGUCCGGUCAUCUACGAGCUUCGUGAUCCAGAUACUGCAGGCAUCGGAGGAUCUUUGGGGAUUCCUGCCAAUGGUCUGCGUUGCCUACACCGACUCGGCCUCUGGGACACGAUUCUCCCGCAUAGCGUCGAUAUCACCAAAACCAUCUUACACUCCACAUCCGGCAGUGUCCUGAGUGAACUUGAUGUCUCCACAGAAGCAAAGCAAAAAACUGGCUUCGGGUAUCUCCGGAUAAAUCGGGUGGAUUUGGUCGAGUGUCUGCGGAACGGCACGCAGAAAUACCAGAUCCCCAUCCACUACAACAAACAGGUGACCGGCAUCAAGGAACAUGGAGACUCUGUCAUGGUGACCUUUUCCGAUGGCACAAGUGACACAGCCUCCAUUCUCCUUGGUUGCGAUGGAAUGCACUCGGCGGUACGCACGCUGCACGUCGAUGCGGGGAUUACUCCCGUGUAUUCUGGCAUCGCUGCAAUAUCAUCGAUCGUUGACGACGUGAUAGAUCGAGAUCCCAAAGACGCGGGGUGUCUGCACUCGACAAUUACACCUCACGGAAUGCUGGCCACUGCACCGUGCGCCGCCAAGCAGGUCUUCUGGUUCUUCAGCAAGGAGGUGCCUCUUCCAGCGGGCAGCUCCUCGGCCGAUGUCCGCGAUGGCUGGUCACUUCACCGCCAGAAAGAGCUGGCAGACUGUCGCAGCUCACUGGCGACCGUGCUAGAUUGCGUCCAUGGACAGUGGGGCCAAUACCUGCGCCAGCUAGUGGACACUAGCCAAGAUUUGCAUUUCUACCCACAUUAUCGCCUGCCACUGGGUGGUCGAUGGUUUGUGCCCUCACCUACGCCACAGGGAACACCUCGGGUGCUGCUUAUGGGAGAUGCCGCUCAUGCCGUGCAACCUCACGCCGGACAGGGGGUCUCCUUGGCGUUUGAGGAUGUCUUACUUUUUUCCGGACUAUUGGAAAAGUAUGAAGGUGGUGACUAUACGGACUUGGGAGAGGUGUUUGACCGGUUCGAUCUGAUCCGUCGCCCACGCAUCCAGCGCAUCAACGAGGUUGCAUUACACAAUGGUAGGAUGCGCCGUAAUCAGUCGCCGUGGGCGGUGUGGCUUAAGGAGUGGUAUAUGUGGAUUAUGCUGCACGUCAAUCGGUUCUGGGGCAUGUCUAUGUCUGGGGUGCUGAAUGGAGAUAUAUUGUAUGACGUGGAGACGGAACUGAAAUAG